UGAGGUACACGUGGCUUACUAGGAGUGGAGGGGGAAUUCCUGGAUUGAUGUUUAGGUCUGUUUCUGUAUGAAAGUGCCGGAUACGAAAAAGAAACAUCUACACAAUUUCACCUGUUACAUUCACAGUCGUGAUAACAUUGUCUUGGACGACAACGUUUAUUUUGGAGUAUUAGUUCAAAGGAAAUAUCGAUUUCAUCAUUUUUUGCAAGGGCAAAUAAACGCGGAAGUAUAUAAUUCAGUGUAAGUAAUGAGGCAAUACAUUGGUGUUACGUUGGUCCAGCUUAAUGGUUUUAGGAACGUAUCGCCUCUAUGUUAAGGGAAUCUUGACGACAAGAGAUGUCAAUGGAGAUGGAGGACGAUACACAAGAUGACUUCAAGCCACGGCCAUACCAGGAACUACUGAUGAACUUGGUAAAACAGCAGAACACCAUAAUUUACCUUCCCACUGGUUCAGGCAAGACAUUCAUAGCAGUUAUGCUCAUCAAGGAACUGUCACCCAGCCUUGACAGAGGCAAGCGCUCCUUCUUCAUGGUGAACACAGUCGCACUGGUGAGCCAGCAGGCUGCAUACAUCAGGCGCCACUCUCACCACUCUGUGGGGGAGUACUCGGGCGAUCUCAAUCUUGACUUUUGGACCAAAGAAGUUUGGCAGCAGGAGUUGUCACAGAAUCAGAUUUUGGUGAUGACCUGUCAGAUAUUCUUGAACAUGCUGAUGCAUGGAUAUAUCGAUUUGUCAGAGAUAAACCUUCUCAUAUUUGACGAGUGCCAUCAUGCCGUGAAUGACCAACCGAUGCGACAGGUAAUGCAGCUGUUUGAACAUUGUCCCCGGGAACUGCAGCCACGUAUUCUUGGGUUGACGGCCACCUUACUCAACAGCAACUGCAAAUUUGGACGUGUCAAGGAGGAAGUACGCUCGCUUGAGAAGACAUUCUUGAGCAAGGUGGCCACAUGUGAGAACAUGCCUGUGGUGGGCAGAUACUCAACAAAUCCUGAUGAGAAAGUAGUGUUCUUUGAUGAAGAGUACAGUGGACCAGGCCUGUCAAUUCUGAAUGAAGGUCUUGAAUAUUUGAAGAAGGCCCAGAAUUUUGUAGACUGCAUCCUAUUUGACUCAGAUGAAGUAGUGGCACAUGGUCAUCGACCACCAAACACGACACUUCUGAAUACAGGUUACAAGAAGACAAAUAAAAAGUUAAACAACAUACUUAUGGAUGUAAUUAUUCACAUCAAUAUGCUUGGCCUGUUUGGGGGUAGUCAGGCGUGCGUGGCACACAUCAUUCAGCUUCAACGCCUGCGCAAGAAUGCGGAGGACAAAAUCACAAAGGAUGUGUUCAGCGCGCUGAUCACCACUCUUGUGGCAGUAAGGAAGAUGUUUGAGGACGAGAUGUCAGACUAUGAGGUGAAGACACAGAUUCAUAAGUACUCAUCCCAUAAGAUGUUGAAACUAAUUGAGGUGCUGAAAACUGCGAUGCCCAAGGACAAUUUGGAGGACAGCACCAAGAUGGAUGAUGAUUCUGAUGAUAUGAGUGAGAAUUAUGUAUCACACCACCUCGCAUGUGAAAAGAAAGGGAAGGAAAACAAGUUCUGCACCAUUGUGUUUGUUGAACGGCGCUUCACGGCCAAGAUAGUGUACUUGGUGCUUAAGGCCCUGAGAGAGGAAGACAAAGAUUUUAACCACAUCAAUCCGGAUUUCAUUGUUGGCUUCAAUAAUAACCCAUUCAAUGAUACGCGGGAGGGCUCUUUGACGAAAAAGUGGAUCGAGUGCACUGUCAAGAGAUUUCUGAAAGGCGAGACAAAUAUUUUGGUGGCAUCUGAUGUGCUCGAAGAAGGUAUCGACAUCCAAAAGUGCAACCUGGUCGUGAAGUUUGACAUGCCAAAGAACUACCGUUCAUACAUACAGUCGAAGGGAAGAGCACGGCACCAAAGCAGCAAGUACUACAUGAUGGUGUCCUGCAGCUUGGCGUCACCAUUCAGACUAAAGUACCAGGGCUACACGCAGACAGAGAAGGAAGUGCAGAACGUGCUGGUUGGAUGCACAGAGGAACGCCAGGAGCCAGAGGACGAAAUUGCAACGGAGCUGUAUGACCACGUUAUGCCUCCGUAUGUCACGACCUGCUCGAAAGUCACCCUUGUAUCCGCCAUUACUCUCAUCAAUUGGUAUUGCUCCAGUCUGGCUCAGGACAAGUUCACACAGCUGACACCAUUGUGGUACAUGAGUAAAAACAAGACAUCUGUGCACCUGCAGCUGCCCAUGCCCUCUCCAAUGCGUGAUAUUGUAGAGGGACCAGAGAUGUCAACAAAGAAGCUUGCAAAGCGUGCAGCAGCACUGGAAACUUGCCGCCGGUUGCACCAGAUGGGGUUGCUCAAUGAACACUUGCUGCCACAUGGCACUAAUUCCGACCUGUUGGAUUCUAGUGAUCUCUUUCCGCUGUAUGUUGAUGAGGAGCAGGAGGAUGGUCCGCAGCCUGGCAGCGGCAAACGCAAGCGGUAUCACCCAAAGGCAUUCCCACUGACAUUGAGCAAGUGUCGUCCUAUGGAGGAAGUUGAACUCUACCUGCAUGCUAUUGAACUACGGCCUCUGUAUCCUCGACCCGAUCACUCAAAUAACCGGAAGCUUGUCUUCUACAACCUGCUGAAGCGUAGUGACGGUUUUGCCAUCCUGUCUAGUAAGAUGAUGCCAAAGCUCUGUGACUUCUCCAUAUACAUGAAUGUGGGAGAACUUGGUGUCCACAUUGAGAACAAUGCUGUGCGCCUGCAAGUGACACAGAACGAUGUCGAUGCUCUGGGGAGGUUUAAUGUCAUGCUGUUCGAUGAGCUGCUGAAACUCAUGAAGCCAUUUAUGAUGGUUGACACAGACAAUGAGGAAAACUCGUACUUCGUGGUGCCCGUGCGUCUUGGAGAAGACGGGUGUCACGAGAUUCUCUGGGAUAUCAUCAGGCAGAACAGGAAUCUGCCAAACAUUCUGGAGCCCAGUGUGGAGGAACGUAGCGCAAUGCAGGUGACCCCCGAGCUCUUCCAGGAUUCUGUGGUGGCUCCAUGGUAUCGGGGCAUGAUGACUGACCAGAGCUACAUUGUAACUUGUGUAUGCCCACACCUUACCCCAGCCAGCCCAUUCCCCUCAGAGGAAUACACUUCGUAUGAGGAUUAUUACAAGCAGAAGUACAAGCUGAGCAUCAUCAACAAGGACCAACCCCUUCUGGAAGUGAAGGCAAUCUCAAACAAGAUAAACUGUCUUCGUCCCAGGAGUACCAAAGCCAGGAAUGUGACAAGCAAACGCAAGCAGCAAGAACUGCAAGAGGACUUUGAGGAGAACUUAGUGGCAGAGUUGUGUGUGCAUUUUGCCUUCCCUUCUGUCCUGUGGCUCAAGGCCACCUGCCUACCUACCAUUCUGCACCGUGUCGCCAACCUUCUGCAAGCCGAAGAGCUGCGUCAGAAGAUCGCGCGUGAGAUCGGAGUCGGGUGCACUGAGCUUCCACCCGGCAUGGAGUGGAAGCCAUUGUCGCCGGAUAGUUUCUGUCAAGCCAAGGAACACGAACCAGACUUGGCGAUCAAAACAGCAAGUUUAAUCCCUGGCAUUUCAUCCAUGCAGGUCAGUGAACCUCCCAACCCACUCUCGUCCACUUUGUUUGAUUGGGACGGAGACAAGGAGCCCGUUGACAUCGACCGCAACAUGCAGGAUGUGACGCUCGUGGAAGUUCUCAAUUAUGAUGACUUUAUCAGUAAGCCCCUCAGCAAGAAAUUUGCACAGAUGAGUCUUCUGAGGGGUAAAUAUAGCCCGUGCAAUUCUGCGGCAGUUCGUGAUGAUGAGCCAGAGUGUGACGUGCAGAUUGCUAUUCUGAACACCAGUAUGACAGGCACUGGACCGGAGCAGUGUGAGAUUCUCCAGGCGCUGACCAGUGCAUCAGCGAAUGACAUUGUGAACCUGGAGCGCUUGGAGACACUGGGUGACUCAUUCCUGAAACUGAUGUCAUCACUGUUACUGUUCACGGAGUACAAAUUGUUGGGUGAAGGACAGCUUACGGAGGUCAAGGGCAAGAUCAUUGGAAACCGAAACCUCUACUAUUGCGGCAUCAAACAGAACCUAGGAGGGAUCAUGAAGGUGCAUGACUUUGGGCCCACAUCUGACUGGAUCCCUCCUAGCAUGUGCCUAUAUCGCAAGCUGCAGCAGUUGAUGCGGAGUGUCAAGGUGAGUCCCAACAUCCUGUAUGAGCUGCAAAUCCCCAAGGAGGAACGGCUGAGUGGGAAGCUGAGCAGGGACACAAUCUCUGACAUUGAGAACAAGCUGAUCUCUGCAGAUGAGGAUCGGGCGGGCAUCCAUUCGUCAAUGGAGAUCUUCCUGUCCAUACAGACUGUCUCUGACAAGACCAUCGCCGAUGGUGUCGAGGCUCUCAUUGGCGCGUACCUCAAGGGCAGUGGCAUUCGUGGUGCUCUCAAACUGCUGGGCUGGCUUCAAGUACUGCCUGACACAAUGGCCUCUCCCGAACGUCUGUUAGACAGAUUGCCGCAAACUGCCUGCCAGCCAGGCGGAAAAAUCGAGUUCCACCUGGAAGGAAUCGGUGACCUAGAACGCCGACUGGAUUACAAGUUUCGAGACCGCUCGUUCCUUUUGCAGGCAGUCACGCACGCCUCAUAUUCUGCCAACCGAGCCACAGACUGCUACCAGCGGCUAGAGUUUCUGGGAGAUGCGGUGCUAGAUUUCCUCAUCACAUGCCACAUAUAUGAGUCAUGUGGUCUGCUCACCCCCGGGGAGCUCACUGACCUGCGCUCAGCACUCGUCAAUAAUGUGACCUUCGCAUCGCUGACUGUUCGUAAUGGAUUUCACAAGUUCAUGAAAUACACAUCGCCUAAGCUCAUGGACGUGGUAGAUUCCUUUGUCAAGUUCCAGGAAGAACGUAACCACGUCAUAAACGAGGAGGUGAUUAUCUUGCUGGAGGAGGAGGAGACAAAUCUAGCUGAGGCAGUGGAGGUGCCAAAAGUACUUGGUGACCUUUUUGAAUCCCUCGCUGGUGCCAUCUACUUGGAUAGUGGCCUCAACCUGCAGGAGGUGUGGCGUGUCUAUUACAGACUAAUGAGAACUGAGAUUGUCGAGUUCAGCAAGUGUGUGCCCAAGCAGCCUGUACGCCUCCUCUAUGAACGGGCUGGGCAGAAGCCCAAGUUCUUACCCAGCAGACCUCAUGAUGAUGUUGUGGUGGUCCCUGUAGGAGUGUUUAUUAAUGGCAAGAGGAGAUGGUUCUAUGGCUUUGGGAAGACUAAGACACAGGCGAAGCGAGCUGCUGCGAAGUGUGCCCUCAAGGAGCUCCCCCCAAAGUAGACAGGUGCUGUUUUCUUUCUUACCUGGGAAGGAACUGGCCAAUGCAAGAGCAAUUACCUCACACCAAGUGUCUGUGAGUGGUGCAACACUGGAUGGAAUUUUUGUAUGAUGGGAGGCAACCCACUUGCAGUCCAGUGAACACCAUCUUGUUUUGGAUAUAUUAUUAUCUGUUAACUUCUGACAAAUGGAAAUGAGAUAUUUUGGAGUUUACUGACAGAAGGCUCUCCCCCCACCCCACACACAUAAAAACUCAUCUUGGAAAAUGUUAGAACAGAUGAUGUCAAAUUUCAUAUCUGUAUUUACCAGAGAGACAUCUGCAGAUGUAACAUCAUUACAAAAUGUGACAUGUUUUUUUGAGAAGUGCCACUUCACAGCUCUCUGUGUCAGGACCAAUUUAAUUUCAGAUGCUUAGUUGCAGGAAAACCUGAACUUCAGUUGAUCAAAUAACUGAUUGUUAACUGUAACUCUUGAUGUUAAUGUUUUCAUUCUCUUGGAAUUUGUUAAGUCACUUGUAUGUACUGCUAGUACGUGGGAAGACACUGUUAUUAUCCCAUCUUGUGUGGUCAGGUUUGUGAAAAUGUGUGUAUUCUGCAUGAUUUUAAUUAAUUAAGUUUUAAGUUUUCCACAAAACUGAAAAAAAACAUGAAAGUAAAUACAGCGGAACCUCGAUAUACCGCGGCUGUAAUCAUUUCCCCCAAUACAAUUACAUAUGUUUUAUGUUAGAUAAAUGUCACAUGUAAUGCGGGUACUGAAGCUGUCCCCCAAAACCCGCGUUAUAUCGAGGUUCCACCGUACCUACAUGGUGCAACAACCCAGAAUACAGCCAGCCAGCCACAUUCAGAUUCACCACUGUGAAAACCUCAAAUCCUACUGAUUAAAGUUUGUUGCAAUAUCACAUAUUA